ACCAGUAAUUCAUCUUGCAUUACUAAAUAAAUGUAAACUUGAAGAUAAGAGUUGUCAGAGCAGUAAAUCAUAGAGACUUAUCAACACUACUUUAAAUCUGUUUAUAUAGAAAUGGAAUGGAAGUUCAAUGACCAGAGCAUCAUAGUUUCUCCAUCAACUACCACAAGAGUUUUAUGGCUAAAAUGCCUUCUCCCUCUGUCACAGUGAAAUACACAAAGCUCUUCAUCAAUGGAGAGUUUGUGGAUUCAGUUUCAGGGAGAACUUUUGAAACAUUUGAUCCUCGAACAGGGGAUUCCAUAACCAGUGUAGCAGAGGCUACCAAAGAAGAUGUUGAUGUCGCUGUGAAAGCUGCUCGGAAUGCCUUUGAUCAUGGCCCCUGGCCUCGCAUCUCUGGCUAUGAAAGAGGUCGAAUUAUGAACAAGUAUGCAGAUCUGGUGGAGCAACACUUGGAGGAGCUGGCUGUGCUUGAAACCUUGGAUUCUGGGAAGCCAUUAGCAGGUUGUCAAUACUAUGAGAUUCCCGAAGGGAUAAAGGGCUUACGCUACUAUGCUGGAUGGGCAGAUAAGAUUCAUGGAUUAACUCUGAAGAUGAGUGGACCAUAUCAGGGUUACACCUUGCAGGAGCCCAUUGGAGUUGUGGGUCAAAUAAUACCAUGGAAUGCUCCACUGCUGAUGUUUUUCAAUAAAAUAAGCCCUGCCUUAGCAUGUGGAUGCACCAUUGUCAUAAAAUCUGCAGAACAAACUCCUUUAACUGCGUUCUAUGCUGCUCAAUUGGCCAAGGAGGCAGGAAUACCACCAGGUGUUCUUAAUGUGUUGUCUGGUUUUGGAGAAAUAGCUGGUGCAGCCAUGAGCAAACAUAUGGAUAUUGAUAAGAUCUCAUUCACUGGAUCAACUGAGGUAGGGAGACUAAUAAUGGAGGCAUCUGCAAAGAGCAACUUGAAGCCUGUGACAUUGGAACUUGGUGGGAAAUCACCUCUGGUUAUUAUGGAUGAUGCUGAUGUUGAAGAGGCCAUCAAAAUUGCUCAUAUGGCUGUCUAUGCUAACAUGGGGCAAGUAUGUUGUGCUGGAUCAAGGGUAUUUGUUCAAGAGGGCAUCUAUGAUGAAUUUGUGAAAAAGGCAGUGGAAAGAGCAAAGAAGCAAAUGAUAGGGGACCCUUUUCUGCCAGGAGUUGAACAUGGGCCUCAGAUUGACAAAGCACAAUUUGAUAAAAUAUUAGAGUAUAUUGAGUUUGGAAAGAAAGAGAAAGCUACCUUACUUACUGGGGGUCAAAUUUGGGGUGACAGAGGAUUUUACAUAGAACCUACCAUAUUUUGUGAUGUUAAGGAUACUAUGAAGAUUGCCCAAGAAGAAAUAUUUGGGCCUGUCAUGUCUAUACUUAAAUUCAAAUCUAUCGAGGAGGUGAUAGAAAGGGGGAACAAAACAAUGUAUGGCUUAGCAGCUGGAAUCUUGACCAAAAAUAUAGAUGUGGCCAAUAGAUUUUCAAGAGCACUUCGUGUAGGAGUGAUUUGGAUCAAUUGUUUUUUAGUGAUUGACAAAGAUUGUCCUUUUGGUGGCUUUAAAAUGAGUGGAAUCGGAAGAGAGAGUUGCAUCCAAGGUCUUCAAAGUUACUUACAAGUAAAAAGUGUUAUUUGCCCCCUCCAGGAAUCGCCUUGGUUAUAAAAUUUCUCCAAUUUCAAAUCAAUGACUUUUCAAUGUUUGGUAUAGAAUAAUAUAAACCAUAUUUAUAUUUUU